AGUAGCACCUCGGAGGAUUUUGAAAUAGUGGACAUGCUAAAUAAAAACGGCAUCAAGUGUAGAGCAUACUAUACUGACAAUUGUAUUGUGCUUGUUGGAAAAUAUGAGGAUAUGAACUUUAUUAUCCACUAUGUGAAAAGAGAUUGGAACUCAAUUGGAAAGAACGAAAUAAUCCUUCUAAUUAAUAAUUUGGAACAUCAACAAUCCGAAUUCGUUGGUUUUUUUGUAACAAAUUAUGAAUAUCAUCUCUCUGCAAUCAAUCAAGCGGCAACAAAUUCGAAAGUAUUUUUAUAUUACGAAACAACUAUCGUUGACAAGAUUAAAGACGCAGCUCGUGCCGAAAAAAUCAAAAACUCUAACUGA